GACCCCGGGCCCCUGAAAUCCUGGGUCCUCCGGGCCCGGGGUUGAGCCGUUGCUAAGUGACGUCAGCGCGCAGGGCGCGUGCGCGGCCACGGCGCUGUACGUGAAAGCGGGCGCGCGCCGCGACGGCGGCGGCGAGGAAGGCGGCGACGGCGGCGGUCCAGGGGGCGGUGGCCACGACGCGGGUUCGCUACCGGCGGAAGGGACGUGUGUGGAGGCGGCUGGGUCGCUGAGGAUCAUCGUCGGGGUCAGUGACUAUCUGUUCCACACGAUGAGUAACAGCCACCCUCUUCGCCCCUUCACUGCAGUGGGGGAGAUCGAUCACGUGCACAUUUUGUCUGAGCACAUUGGUGCCCUGUUGAUUGGCGAAGAAUAUGGCGAUGUCACGUUUGUCGUGGAAAAGAAGCGCUUUCCUGCCCACAGGGUAAUUUUAGCAGCCAGGUGCCAGUAUUUUCGGGCAUUACUUUAUGGUGGGAUGCGAGAGUCUCAGCCUGAAGCAGAAAUCCCUCUCCAAGACACUACUGCAGAAGCAUUCACAAUGCUCCUCAAAUACAUCUACACUGGGCGGGCGACACUGACAGACGAGAAGGAGGAGGUGCUGUUGGAUUUUUUGAGCCUGGCUCAUAAGUACGGAUUUCCAGAGCUAGAAGAUUCUACCUCCGAGUAUCUCUGCACCAUACUUAACAUUCAGAACGUCUGCAUGACUUUCGAUGUCGCCAGUCUCUACUCGUUGCCCAAGUUAACGUGCAUGUGCUGCAUGUUCAUGGACAGGAACGCUCAGGAGGUGCUGGUCAGCGAAGGCUUCCUCUCCCUGUCCAAGACAGCACUUCUGAACAUCGUUUUAAGAGAUUCGUUUGCUGCUCCUGAGAAGGAUAUUUUCUUAGCCUUGUUAAACUGGUGUAAGCACAAUGCAAAAGAAAAUCAUGCUGAAAUCAUGCAGGCUGUGCGUUUACCUCUAAUGAGCCUCACUGAGCUUCUGAACGUUGUGAGGCCCUCAGGACUGUUAUCUCCAGAUGCUAUUCUAGAUGCUAUCAAAGUGCGGUCAGAGAGCCGGGAUAUGGACCUCAACUACAGAGGCAUGCUCAUACCUGAAGAAAACAUUGCAACUAUGAAGUAUGGAGCCCAGGUUGUGAAAGGAGAGCUGAAGUCGGCCUUGCUGGAUGGCGACACUCAGAAUUAUGACUUGGAUCAUGGAUUUUCCAGGCACCCCAUCGAUGAUGACUGCCGCUCUGGCAUCGAGAUCAAGCUCGGCCAGCCAUCCAUCAUCAACCACAUACGCCUGCUCCUGUGGGACCGCGAUAGCCGUUCUUAUUCCUACUUUAUUGAAGUGUCCAUGGACGAACUUGAUUGGAUCAGGGUGAUAGAUCAUUCACAUUACCUGUGUCGGUCUUGGCAAAAGUUGUAUUUCCCUGCUCGUGUCUGCAGGUAUAUUCGAAUAGUUGGGACUCACAACACAGUGAACAAGAUUUUCCACAUUGUGGCUUUUGAAUGUAUGUUUACAAACAAAACCUUCACUCUGGAGAAGGGCCUGAUAGUUCCCGUGGAGAAUGUUGCAACGAUUGCCGAUUGUGCCAGUGUGAUUGAAGGAGUCAGUCGGAGCCGAAAUGCCUUGCUGAAUGGGGACACUAAGAAUUAUGACUGGGACUCUGGCUACACGUGUCACCAGCUGGGGAGUGGUGCGAUUGUGGUUCAGCUGUCACAACCAUACAUGAUUGGGUCAAUACGGUUGUUACUCUGGGACUGUGAUGAUCGAAGCUACAGCUACUACGUUGAGGUCUCCACCAAUCAGCAGCAGUGGACCAUGGUGGCUGACAGAACCAAAGCAGCCUGCAAGUCCUGGCAAUCAGUCACUUUUGAAAGACAGCCCGCCUCCUUCAUCCGAAUCGUUGGAACACACAACACAGCAAAUGAGGUGUUCCACUGCGUCCACUUUGAAUGUCCGGAGCAGCAGAGCAGCCAGAAGGAAGAGAGCAGUGAGGAACCGGCAACAGGGGACCCCAGCACCUCCAGUCAGCAGCUCGACCCUCAUGCACUGCGGGCUCCCAGUGCCAGCUCGCUGCCCCCGAGUCCAGGCCCCAACUCACGCUCAACCAACCAACAGCACCAAUAA